AUGUUCAAAGUUCUGAUCUUUGGACUAGUCGUCCUGUCAUCUUUGCAGGUGGAGACCAAGUUUAAAAGUCUCCACUGUACUAAUUACAACAAGACAUUGGGCAAAAUUUUGCUGUGCAGAAUCAAGGCCAUCAACCGAUAUAGGAACUCGAUAAGUAUUCAAUUUAGGCAGUUGACGACUGUCAAUAACGUCCAUAUGCGUUUGGAACUUUUUAAACGCGCCAAUGGUUGGCGUCCUUUCCUCUACAAUAUUUCCUUUAACCUGUGCGAUUUCCUCUCUAAAAGAAACAAUAUGAUCAUUGCCCUUGGCUACGAAUACAUCAAGCCGUACAUCCCAAUAACGAACUACACUUGUCCGUUUAAGAAAAAUCAUUUAAUAAAAUGUACGGACCUGGAGUUUGAUAUCGAAAAGUUCAGAAUUCGAUUCCCAAUAGAAACAGGAGAAUACGCUCUUCAGUUAAGUUUUAUCGUCCAGAGGAAAGUGACUCUGACCCUAAACGGAUCUUUAGAAUACUACAAUUACAGGGAGCACUAA